GAUAGUCGAACAUCUUUGCACAAAUGGAGCGCUAUAAAUCCGAAGGCGCACCGACUCCAAACGCAUGCUUGCAAGCUGUCUCACCUCCCCGCGUCCCUUCUGAUGCUAAGGACCUGGGGAAUAGUGACUCGGCGAAUUAUUUCGUUGCCCUUCAGAGCGCACAGCGAGCGCGGAGGGGUGACCGCGUACAAGACGCUGAAUCAUGGGAAAAACUGAUCCGUGCAGCGGAAACACUGACGGAAUUGGAGAAGUGCUUCGAGGUACGAAAGUCCUUUUUAAGCAAAAAUGUCGUUGACUCACAAAGAACUGCGGAGAGAUGUGAGACGCAACUCAAAAAUAUGGAGGUCGCGUUGGAUAAAUUGUUGUCAAGCUUUCACAGUGGUGUAUUUGCCCCUGCUGAUGCCAUCUACAGCUCCUCUUUGUGUACUGCUAGCAGCCGUACGGCCAAGGAAUCUAUCGCGCUCAUGUUGGCACUUGAAGCGCCUGUGAAAGCCACCAACAACAACAUCGCCGAAUUUAAACAUUUUGUACGUGACGGGGCGGUGUUUUUGUCUGGCGGGGCUGAUUUGCCGGAUUGUUGCUUAGACUCAUCUGAGCAUUUGGAUGUCGUGGAAAAUCAGCUGGACACUCUUGAGGCUGAGGUGGCCGCGUUCACAUGCGCAUCCGACGAAAACGAUGCUGGCUUUAGCGCUAUUAAUGCUGCGUACGUUUCACUGCAACAUAUCCGUGCGCAGCAAAGCAGUACAUCUUCAAUGUGUUGA